UAAGGACUCUUAACCCCGAAGAUGGAGUUCCUGAGCGCCCAGUGCGCAGCCCGAUCGGCGGGUCCGGCGAACACGCUGAUGUCCCUGCUCCUCUCCACGCUGAUCGCCAAGUACUGCGACCUGAGUGGCCAGCAGCAGUGGCCGGAGGACAAGGGCGACUGGUUGGACCAGAACGGGGGCUUCCGGCACGACUACGACUUCAUAGUCAUUGGAUCGGGAAGCUCGGGCGCCGUGGUCGCCGGUCGGCUGGCCGAGGUGAAGAAGUGGAAGGUGCUGCUGCUGGAAGCCGGCGGCGAUCCGCCGAUCGAGACGGAGUUCGUCGCCUGGCACAUGGCCACCCAGUUCUCCGACUGGGACUGGCAGUACCACUCGCAGCCCAACGGACGCGCCUGCAUGGCGAUGCAGGGCGAGAGUUGCCACUGGCCGAGGGGCAAGAUGCUGGGCGGCACGAACGGAAUGAAUGCGAUGAUCUAUGCGCGGGGCACGCGCAAGGACUUUGACGACUGGGAGGCCAGGGGCAAUCCGGGCUGGGGCUACGACGAGGUGCUGGAGCACUUCCGCAAGGCCGAGGAUUUGCGGUCCACGCGGCCGGGCUACAAGCCAGGUGAUCAUGGCGUCGGCGGACCCAUGGGUAUCAACAACUACGUCUCGGACAACGAAUUCCGAACGACCAUUCGCGCCGGCAUGCAGGAGAUGGGCUAUGGCAGUGCACCGGACUUCACCGAGGGCUCCUUCGUGGGGCAAAUGGACAUAUUGGGCACCCAGGACGGCGGCCGUCGCAUCACCACCGCCCGCUCGCAUCUGCACAAGAACACGCCCAAUCUGCACAUCCUGCGCCACGCCCACGUCAAGAGGAUCAACCUGGAUGGACACAAUCGGGCGGAGAGCGUGACCUUUGUGCAUCGCGGCAAGAAGGAGUACACGGUGAAAGCCAGCAAGGAGGUCAUCGUGUCCGCCGGCGCCAUUGGCUCCCCCCAAAUUCUGCUGCUCUCAGGCGUCGGUCCUGCCGAUCACCUGAAGAGCCUGGGAAUCCCCGUGAAACUGGACCUGCCCGUGGGCAAAAACCUGAAGGAUCACGCCAGUCUGCCGGUGAUCUUCCAGAUCGACAAGUCCACGGCCCGCAAGCCCACCGAGGAGGAGCUGGUGGAUGCCAUGUACAACCUGCUGAUGGGUCGCUACAGCAAACUGCUGCACCACGAGGCCACCGCCUUGACCGGGUUCAUCAACACCACCUCGAUCGAGGGUCCCAAUCCGGAUAUUCAGACCACCAAUUUCUUCAGCCUGAUGCAGAGUCCCGAACUGAAGGGCUAUGUGGCCGCCACGGGCUUCAAUGAUCGCGUGGCCAAGAGCAUUUUGUCGGCCAACCAGGAGACAAAUACCUACAUCACCUACUUGCUCCACCUGAAGCCCUUCUCGGCGGGCAGUUUGACCCUGCAGUCGGCCAACUACUUGGAUGCCCCCCUCCUGGAUCCCGGCUAUAUGACCGAUGAACGCGAUGUGGACACCUAUAUUCGUGCUCUGAAUAUCUACAAGAAUUUGCCCAAGACCAAGGCGUUCAGUGAGCGCGAGGCCACGCUGCACAAGCUCGAUUUGGAGGCCUGCAACGGACUGGAGUAUCAGUCGGAUGACUACUGGCGCUGCUACAUCCGCCACAUGACCACCACCGUCUAUCACCCGGUGGGCACCACUCGCAUGGGUCCCGCCACCGAUCCAACCGCCGUCGUGGAUCCCCAGCUGAAGGUCCAUGGGGCCAAGGGCCUCAGGGUGAUCGAUGCCAGCAUUAUGCCCGACAUUGUGGGCGCCAACACCAAUGCCGCCUGCAUUAUGAUCGGCGAGAAGGGGGCGGACAUGAUCAAGGAGGAGUAUCUGGGCGGUAAACAUACCGAGCUCUAAGCUCAGCGAUAUUUUACGAUAUAAGCUUAACCUUUUUUUGUCAAUUUUUUUUUUGUUUUAAUAAAUAUAUGCAUUUUUAAAUAGUA